UUUAGAAAGUUCCUUAAAAAACAUAAGACUUCCGGUUUUAUUUUUUUUUGUAGUUUUGAUUCUUUACCAAAAAGUCUUUAAAAAAAGAGGUUUAUUUCCAGUUAGAGAUGAAUUGAUUCAUGCAUAUAUGUGAAAUUAGAAUAAUUUAUAGAACCAAAGACAUACCAUGAGCAGUGACAAUAUGGUACUGAGUGCAGCAGGUCUCCUUGGAGGCAUAGAACUCCCAGAAUUCACCAUUCUCAACAUCAUCAGCUGGGGAUGUUCGGCAGCAAUGAUUUUUGGUGGUGUUGUUCCAUUUAUUCCACAAUACAGAGACAUUCAAAGAUCCGGAAAUGCAGAUGGAUUCUCUCCCUUUGUUUGUUUGACACUUUUAAUAGCUAACAUACUCAGGAUAAUGUUUUGGUUUGGCAAACAUUAUGAAUUACCACUUUUAGCACAGAGUAUAAUUAUGUUAUUUGCAAUGAUGGCUUUAGUUCAUCUAUGUGUUAAUGUUCGGAGAAAAACAGAGAUUAUAGUCGCUAAGCAACAUAAAUUUACAGAUUUUACACACAGUGGAGACAUUCCACAUCAUGGAGUUGCUCCCCCUGAACAUACAUUUUUUGAUUUUGAUUGGGAUUACUUUUGGAUGUGGACAGACUUUCAUAGUUAUAUAGAAUUUAUCUUUGCCUUUAUUGCUUUGUUUGGACUAAUAACAUACCUAUUUCUAUACAACAUGUAUGUUGUAGAGACAAUAGGAUUUUUAGCAGUAUUUGCAGAGGCAAUGUUAGGAGCACCACAGUUUUAUAGAAAUUUUACAAAUAAAUCCACUCAGGGAAUGAGUAAGAAGAUGGUAGGAUUUUGGACAAUGGGAGAUAUUUUUAAGACUGGUUAUUUUAUAGUACGAGAAGCUCCACCCCAGUUCUGGAUUUGUGGAAUGUUACAAGUGUCAAUAGAUAUAUCUAUAUUUUUACAAGUUUAUAUAUAUCGUAAUUUAUCUACCAAAUCCAAGCUUUGAAUAAUAUUCUAGUCAAUUGUUCAUGUCAAAACUAAGGGUUUCACAUGGCUAAUAAAUUAUAUUUUUUAUCUUUCUGAAAACAGAUUUACAUGGCUUUUUGUGGCUCACACAUGGUCAAAUCCAACCUGUGAUCUUUUUGGUUUUGUAAUGUACCUUGCAACCUUAUGUCUCAUUUAAAAUUUGCUGGGACCUGUGAAAUUUUUAAAUAUUCAAAACUGACUAUGGGUACAUUAAAUUUUCUUGAAAGUGAACUAAUGACCCCUAGGGUACCCUUCUUGGAGCCCUGUCUUUUUACAGUAUCUUUUAAUUAUUCAUAAUUAAUUAAGACCUGGACGAUUUAAAGCUCAUGUAUAAAGGGUAAAUUUACCUCUAAAUGUCUUUUGGUUAUUUAUGCUACUGGAUUUCAUUUGAGAUAUUUUGUUCGUUUCAUAUUAUUACUUAUUUCUUGAUUGUCUAGUCAGAGUUUGUAUAUAUUAUUUUAACAUUAUUGAAUCACCUUCAUAAAAAAAAUGUUAAUUGUGUUUUGGUUUAAAUUUAAAAAAAAAAAUAGUUGAGGAUUUCUCAAUUCAGUUGUGCAGUAUGUAUUACUUCAUGAGCAGUAUUGACUAUUACUAAAGUGGUGUAAUUGAAUGCUGCAUCUAUAUAAAGCUAUAUUAAGGUCUUCAAAUAUAUAUGUAAACAAAAAUAUUAUCGAAAAAUCUACAUUUGAUAAAUUGAAUAUAUUCAAACAUUCAUAUGGAGGAUAUGUGUACCUGAACACGAUUUUACUUAAAUAGGAAAUGAAAUGGAGAAAACCAAAAAAAAAAUGGAAUGAAGUGUAGAAUAAAAAAAACCACCAUAAGACAAAGGGGACAUAAUACAAAAAAAAUAUGGAAUUAAAGGGGAGAUAACCCCAAAAUAUCAUCUAUUGGCUAUCAAAAUAAGAGAUAGUGCUUCUUUAUGUUAUAUUUUUGAAUCAUUUUUUGAAAAUCACAUAUAUUCAAAGUAAGAACAUAACAACAUGUUCUUUUUAAAAAGUAUUUACUUCAAUUUUAAGUAAUGGUGUAGACUAGUAUUGUAUUGUUGGAAAUUUAAACUAUAGCUUUGUCCAAAGAUCUAAAUGGUGUGAAUAUGAAAAUGAAUAAACUGGUAAUACAGUGACAUACAUUAAACUUGUUAAUUUAACAGUGGAGUUUUAAGUAAUUGAAAAUUACUAGUUGAAAUAAGUGUGCCAUAAUAAAAUAUUGAUUUAUUAUAACUUUUAUGAAGGAAAUUGAUCAACUUAUUUGCAUUGCUGUUUAAAAGUGAAAUCAGUAAUGUUAAUUGUUUUGCAUCAAUUGAAGAUUGUCACUACAAUAGCAUUUAAUUGAGUUGUUGUGUCUUUGUUUUUUAUGUUAAUACAUGAAAGCUUCUUUUACAUACCAUAUAAACAUAUUUUUAUAUUUUGCUUCUAUUUUUCAAUGGCAGAUUUAGUUUUUUGGCAGUUUGCAUAUUCAUGUAUUUAAUUAAUGGCUAAUAUAAAAUAAUUACCUUCAAUAAUUUAGAAGAAUUUAAAUCGUUUUAGAUUAAGGCUUUAUAAAUGCAGAUUAAUUACAAGUAAUCACAUCAAGGUGUAAAGAUUUUAAAUCAUAUCUAUUAAAAUGAAAUAUAUAAUAAUAAAACUACCAAGAAACAUAUUUGGGAAAUUAGAUAAAGGUUUAUUACAGUAUCAUUUCUGAAUUCAUUCAUUUAAAACAUUGGUAUGUUAAUUAUUUUGUAAGUAAGUGAACGGGUAUAAAUACUUUACUUUUUGUGGUCAAUAUAUAGAGUUAAAAAUCAUCACCUUUUUAUUGUUUGCUUGUUUUAUCAGUCAUUGUUUUAUAUAUGAUGGAUUUACAAAAGAUAAAAAAGUUAUUUGCACUGCAUGUUAUUAAAUGCUGCACAAAAUAUUGUUGAUGUGGUGUGGUGUGCUUACUUCGGUUUUGAGAGCGUCCAAAAUAAUAAUAUUUCGUUGCAAAUUCUUUAAUUUAAUUUUAAGAUGCAGAAACUUGAUCCAUUGAACUGUUAGUAGUAUGGAGAUUAGAUAUUCAAAAUUAUUUUUUUAUCUUUUAAUAUUGUUUUAUCUGUGAAUUGUUACUUAUAAUAAAUGAUAUAUAUGUUGAAAUCCUUUAUAAAUAUAUGUUGCAUUUGUUUUAUUACUCUUUAAAAUUACAUAAGCCAUUGUGUAUGCCUUCUGUUGUUGCUAAUUUAAAAGUGCCUGAAUUUGUGAAUACAAAUUAUUCCUUGCUUUUAAGCUGGUUCAUUGUUGUCUUUUGAACCUUCUUGUUUAACUACAAAUUAUGCAAAAAUGUGUUUUCUACUGGGUUUAUUAAUAUAAAUAUGUGUUCGUAAUAGUUACAUUCAUGUAGAGUAUAACACUGAAGAUUGUUGAUCAACAUUUUACACAACAGUGUUGAAAUUCAGAUAGACUCAUUAUUUAUAAUAUGCUUGUCCUGAGCAUUCAUGAAUUAUUUACCACUGGACUUCAAUAUAAUUUGUAUAUGUAUGCUUAUUUUAUUUAUUUUUUAGAAAUCAGCUUGUAGAAUUCAAAUCAAUUGUAUAAAGCACAUUAAAUAAGCAUUUUAUUGGAGAUGAUAAGGAUAUGAUUUGUAUAAAUAGAAAUUGUUUAAUAUGAUUGGUUACUAGUACUUCAUAAAAUGAUUUAUUUUCAUACAGGGUAUUUUCUGUUACAUGUAUACUGUGUUUAUAAUUUAUAGUGGCUUAAAUUCAUGUGACAUAUGUGAAUGAUCAAUCAUAUAAAAAUUAUUGCCAUAUGUCAAGAUCUAAAUUUCAUCUAGUCUUACAUGUACUAUUAUGAAUGAAAUAGACAUAUACCAUACCUGUAGCUAGGGGGUUUGGGGGGUUUUGGACCCCCCUCCCCUUAAAACCAAAUAAGAACUGUUAAAGUCAUUGUUCUGUUCAAAUUGUGACUGUUAAAGUCGAGUUCAUUAGUCCAAAUAACCCUCCUUUGGAAAUUCCUGGCUACAGGGCUGUAUACUAGUAAAGCUCUAUUAGUUCAUACAUAAUUUCAACACAAUUUUGCUCUUAAAGAUAUAGAACACAUGAAUAAAUGUAGAUACAAUCAGUAUCUUUUGCUAAUUUACUGAAACACCACUUAAUUGGCGCAGACAAACAAAUAUUCUUAACCAUAAAUUAAAAAUUUUAAGAAAGUAAUUUAACAUUAGCAUCAAGGUUAUAUCAUGUUUGUCAUUUGAGGCCAAAAAAAAAAUCCACAUUGUACAAUUAAUUAGCUAAGCUUUGUAGCCUGUCCUUAAGUUGAUUAAUUGUUGAUAGCUAAUUUUUAUCUAAUUUUUCAUAUUUUUAUUUUAAUUCAACAUGCAAUGAAUUGUUCUGCAGUGACUGAAGGACCAAAAAUACAAAUACAUGUUUUAAUUUUUAUCAGGUAAUGCUCUCAUCAGAUUUGUUUAAAUUAAAGAAAUGUCAUGUAUGAUCUCUAUAAAAUUGGGGAAAUAAAACAAUGUUUUUUA